AUGUAUACGGGAGUUAAAGAUCCUGGAAGUGGAGUUGGAAAAAGUGGUGGAGGUGGAGGUAGUAUUCGUGAAGCAGGUGGCGCUUUUGGAAAAAUGGCUGCAGCACGGGAAGAGGAGUACUUUUAUAAAUUGGAGAAGCAACAGAUUAAAGCGAUGCGAUCAGAAUUAGAACAUAAGUUGCAAAGCAAGAAAGAUGCCAAUCUACCGAUGAGUGAAGAAGAAGAACUAACUUUGAAACAUCUAAAAAAGUUGGCUGAAAUUGACGAAAGUCGAGGCUUUUAA